AUGGAUGCAGAUAAAGACAAGUCUGCAGAUGAUGCGAUCGUCUUGCCUCAUGAGGAUAUCACUCUCAUUGCAGAGCAACGCAGGGAACCCACGCUUUUCGUCUAUGUAUUGGUAUUCUGUGUUUGUGUGGGAGGAUUUCUUUUCGGCUAUGAUACCGGUGUCAUUUCCGGGGCUCUCGGACCAUUGCAGGACGAUUUUCAUAUGAGCACGGUCAACAAGGAAUUAGUGGUUGGAGGUACAACCUUUGGUGCCAUUUUUGGCGGUUUUUUUGCCGGUUUGCUUUCCGAUCGAUUCGGCAGAAAGUUACUGGUGAUCAUUUCCUCUGUGGUCUUUAUUGCAGGAGCUCUGUUACUGGCUCUGGCCAACAGUUAUGGUUUGUUGCUGUUCGGCCGGUUGGUGGUCGGUCUCGGUGUGGGCAUUGCUUCCAUGAUCGUGCCUGUCUAUGUCAGUGAACUUGCACCCAAACACAUCCGUGGUCGCUUGACGACGCUCAAUACCUUGGUGAUCACUUUUGGUCAGGUUAUUGCUUAUGUGAUUAACAUUGCAUUUACUCGUGUUCCCAGCGGAUGGCGUUACAUGUUUGGUCUUGCAGGUGUUCCGGCACUUUUCCAAUUCAUCAUCAUGCCAUUUUUGCCAGAAUCGCCGAGACGACUAGUAGCUAUUGGUAAAAUUGACAAGGCACGAUCCGCGUUACGAAAAAUUUAUGGCGCAUCGACAUCGGAAUCGUUUAUCGAGAAUGAAAUCGCAGCCAUUGACAAUGAUAUCCGCUUGUGUAAAUCGGGGACCUUUCGUGAUCUGUUUACUCGCCAGAAUCUACGUCCGCUUAUCAUUGCUUGUAUUUUGCAAGCCGCUCAGCAAUUGUCCGGGUUCAAUGCAGCCAUGUAUUAUGCGGCGACAAUUUUGCAGAUGGCUGGAUUUCGAAGCAACGAAGGAUCGACAAGUGUGGCGAUCAUCGUUUCUGCCACCAAUAUGGUGUUUACAGCUAUAGCGGUGAUGAUUAUCGAUAAGGCCGGUCGACGUCGUAUGCUGGUGAUCACGAUGCUGACAAUGAUUGCCGGUUUGAUUGCAUUGGGAGCUACAUUUGCUGCACAGCAGGGAUUCAUACCGAAACAAGACUCAUGCAGUGCUUACGUGACGCACUGCUCACGAUGUGUAUUGGAUCCUGAUUGCGGAUGGUCGAUUUCUCAAGAUACCUGCGUCAACCUCAACUUGAAUCCAAGUGAUAUUUUCCAAAGCGCAUCCGGAUGUCCAGCUCGAGGCAACGAUAAAGCAAUCACAGGCGUGCUAUUGACUUCACUGAUUGUAUAUGUGGCAAGUUAUGCUCUUGGCUUGGGAUAUGCUCCGUGGUUGGUACAGAGUGAAAUGUUCGACAUGUCGGUCCGUGGAAAAGCCAACGGGGUGUCCACUGCAGUGAACUGGAUCUGCAAUUUGAUCAUCUCGACCACAUUUUUGUCCAUGACCGAUACAAUGACAACCGCUGGGACUUUCUGGUUCUAUGCCGGUAUUUCAUUUAUAUUAUGGCUGUUGGUUUACUUUUUGGUACCCGAGACUGCAGGCAAGUCUUUGGAAGAAAUCAAUGCCACCUUCAAGUCAUAG